UGGUUUUGCAACCCGAAGGCACGUCUCAUAAUACGCUCACACACAUACACAUACACCACAUAUAUAUGCCUGAUUGGGAAGAUCCCGAAGAGAGGGAGGGAUAUUAGGAAAAACGAAUUAUUAUGGCGAGCAGUAUAGAGACGGGAGCAGACACGGGAUCCGGGACUGCUGCCACGGCGCUCUGGAGACUCGAGACUAUUCCGGGGAAAGGAAAGGGGUUAGUCGCUACGGGGGACAUCUCUCCUGGGACACUGAUCCUAAGCGACGCGCCCCUGAUCACGACGGACGUGAUCAAGUCCAUCGAGAGCACCGAGCAGGAUCUCGCGCGCGCUCUGAAGGCCCUCCCCAAGGAGUCCCAACGCGCGUACUUGUCGCUGCACAAUAACUAUCCCGGCAAGAACCCGCUCAGUAACAUCGUCCGCUCGAACGGCUACCCCCUGGGUCCGGGCUCCGACGUGGGCGGCGUCUUCGCAAACGUCUCCCGCAUCAACCAUAGCUGUCGUCCCAACGCAAAGCACUCCUGGAAUCCAACGCUCCAGAAACAGACCGUGUACGCGAUCCGCCCUAUCGCCGCCGGCGAGGAGCUCUCCCUCUCGUACCUCUCCGGCGGCACCUACAGCGAGCGACAGGAGCAGCUCAAGAACCUGUUCGGUUUCUCCUGCGCCUGUGAGCUCUGCACGCUGCCCCCGGACGACCGCCGCGCCAGCGAUAACCGCAUCCGGCGCGCGCAGAAGCUCAACGAGUCUAUCGGCGACUGGGACAAGUGCCGCUACUCGCCAGCCCAGGUGCUGCGCCAGGGCCGCGAGCUCAUGGCGCUGUAUCGCGAGGAGGGGAUUGUGGAUGAUCACCUGCCGAAUUUGUACUAUGACAUCUUCCAGGUGUGCAAUAUGCACGGGGACCAAGCGCGCGCGAGUGCGUUUGCAAGCAAGUAUUGCGAGCUGAAGCGGCUGAGUGAGGGACCGGAGAGCGCUAAUGUGCGCGAGGCCAUGCCGUAUGUUGCGGAUCCGAGGAAGCAUAAGGGGUUCGGGAAGACGCAGGAUUGGAAGACGGAUUUGGAUCAGAUCCCGAAGGGAUUGGAUGAUGAGGAUUUUGAGAAGUGGCUUUGGAGAGAGAAGGUUUAGGACUUGUCGUUGGAUAUCGGUUUCGCAAAUUGUCCUCGAAGGGUCUCCGGCAUAAUGAUAGAGGAGUUUUGGAGUAUUCAGUUAGUUCGCUGGGAUCUAAAGAGAGAGAAAAUCCAAGUAUUUCAUGUGAUGAUUCAAUCGAGCAAUCAUGUUCAGCAG